AUGUUCUUCAUGCCCGAGUCUCCUCGAUACCUGAUUGAAAAAGAAAAGUACGAUGAAGCGCUGAAGAUCCUCAAGAAAUUGCACUACGACGGCACAAACGAGGACUGGAUCCAAACGGAAUAUAAUGAGAUCAAAACUACCAUCCAGGCCGAGAAGGCUGUCAUGGUGUCUGGCUGGCUCGUCAUGUUCAAAGUUCCGCAAUGGCGUACCCGACUCCUGUAA